GAGAAACCGCGUGUUUCGCGUGCACCGGAGAGAACGAAGCGCGUGCUGUGCUUCGAAUGGUGUCCGUGUUGUCCUCGGCGGCCAAUGUGCAAGCAUGUGUACAGUAGAAACGGAUCGGAUUACAGUAGUGUACACUACUGAUCCGUGGAGACGUCCGAUCCGAGCAAAACUCGCCUCACCUAGCUCGUGUGAGUCCAACAGUGGCUAAUGGAUCAUUCCGCUGCUUUUGCAGGGGUCCACCGCCAUGGCGUUGUUAGCGACGUGGCAAGGAGCAGCUACGCCUAUUGGUUUCCCUCUUGGUCCCGCUGGUGCGCUGUCUAGCAGCAAUUUGCCUUCUAGACGCAUCCGCCUUUCUCUGAGAUUUUCAAUGACGCGCUGCUCGACAGCGCAUCGGCUUCUCACGAGUCGCGAGUCACGACUCACGAGGUACUAGCAGCAACGCUCAUCGCGUGAUUUUCACUGACGCGCAGAUUCUAGGCGGACCACUCAAAUCGGAGGGGACUGCUCCCUCCCACGCACGCAUGGUCUCGCAACUUUCCCACGACCCUUCCGAAGGGUCUGCGUGCGUGUGCCGAUUUCAAGAGUGCAUGGAUAGAGCCUCACGGCUCGCCACGGCACGCCCCAUCCCCAGGCAACACGUGCAGUUCACCAAGUUUGGCACAUGAUUGCUCGAUACGGCACAUAUUACAGUACAUCGGACGGUGAUAAUAGGCUUACUCACCCGCGCCACUUCCCCCGUCACACAGAUGACGACCUGUGCCGGACCACCUACUACUGACCGUGACGGUAAUAGCUUUCGCUGAGACCUGACAGACAGACCUGACAGAAUCCGUCCAGUGACGAUCUUUGGUGGGGCCUCAUGCCUCGAGAGACAUGCACUCUAAAGCGGGCUUGGACUCAACUCGAAUCCAUUUAGACUCUCGCGCUUCCUAGUACUCGUAGCAGCUCAAGUUCAGAUUCCACUCUUCGACGAGACGUAGCGCUCGUAUUCCACCACCCUCUUCGUCAACGUUAGCGUUACGUUCGCCCUUAACGUUCGUCCUGAGGCGUCACGAGUCGUGAGGCAUCCCGCAGCCAUGGGAAGCACGUGUCUUUUCGUACGCGCGUCGUCAGAAAGCAUGCGACUGUUUUUGGCGCUGCGUCCGUAAAGUAGCGAGGCGUGCGAUGAGGCUUCUCUCAGGAUAGUACCAGUAGUUUCGUCAUAUCUUCCGUCAUCUUUUCCGUCACCGUCAUCUUCUUCGUCGUCUGUUCAGUCAUCCCGCCAUGUCGCAGCUGUUCCGAACGAAACUUUUCGCCUUCGCGCGUUCGCACGGCUCUAGGAAGCCGGACCGCGCUCGCCCCCCGCGACUGGCAGCAGCAUCGUCGAUCCUUCCCCACCCUCCUUUUCCAGUCAGCAGUGACGCAGACGUAAACGUAAACGUUAACGGAAACGGAAGCGCAGUCGCAUCUCGAGGGCUGGUGACGUCGUCCGACGAUUCCGAGGGGCGUUCUGCCGACCGAUUCAAAGAUAAAACGCCGCCUGAAACCAUCAUUGCUCAACAUCUCGCCCCGUCGAGUCGUCUUGCUUUUUUCUGCCGAAAAUGUCCCGCACUCGGCGGGGGACGCAGCGGCAGGCAUGCAAGCGGCGGGCGCGGAGGCGCGGUACUACCCGCUAGCAACACAUCCGCUACUAGCAGCAGCGUUAAGAGCAGCAGCUCCUAUGAUUGUGGUCAUCGUCCUUCGCGUCUACAUGGCCUGAGAGUUGGGGAUGCCGAGCAUGCACCUGUUUUUGCUGCUUCUGCAGCGUCAGUUUCUGUUGAGUUUCAGGUGGCAUGUGCCAAGGAAGAGCAUGCGCUUUUGAGCAUUUCACCAGCAACAGACCCUCUUCCCGUGGCGGCCUUUCUGGGGACGAAAAAUGAGGGCUGGGAGUGUUUUUCUGGAGCAAGUAUCCCCUUUUUCCGGCCUGACCACAGUGGUGGUUGUGGCCGGACUUUUGAAGCGGCUGAAAGUGGACCGUUGGAUCUCAGGAGGGAGAUGCAGAGGCUGCAUUCGGCCCCUUGCACACAUGCCACGUGGCAGGAACUGGAGCUGGCCCCUGAGGAACGUUCAGAAGUUUUUCCAUCUUUUGGGGAUGAGGGGGUAGCAGGGGAGAUACCAAGUGGUGACCUUGGUAGGUUCAGCGAGGGUGAGAGGACUUGUCACGAACCAUGGCAUGGUGCAUACAAUGAUUUGGCUCAGAGGGAUCUGGCCUUGAGGAGCAUGAGAAAUGGGUCGUUUGAGAUGGAGGUUGUGCCUGAUUGGCUGGGGAUGCAGGGGUGCUUGGUGGGAAGGAUUGAGGAGGUUGCUAGGCCGCUGAGAAGGUUCAGCUGUGACUGGGAUGUGCAGCAGACUGGAAGACAGCUGAGGAAAACCCGCAGCGAGCCGAUUUGAAGGGAGUAUGGUGGGCCGGGGAGGGUUGAGGAGGCUGCUAUGCCGCCGAGAAGGUUCCGCUGUGACUGGGAUGUGCAGGUUGGAAAGCUGAGGAAAACCUGUUGUGAGCCUAUUUGAAGGGAGCUAACCAAGGGGGAUCAUGUUGAUUGAUUGUGAGUUUGAAUUGUAACUAAUUGUUAUCCAAUAUGUUGUAUAAUGUUCGCACAUGUUCUUAUAUCGAAAGCGCGUUUGGUAAGAAGUGUAUUUCAUAUCCUGCCUGCUGCCUGCUGCCUCCAGCCAAAGCUGCUCAUCCUCCCGCCCUCUAUCCCUUCCAUUCACCCAACACCUAAGGUUAUUCCACUCUAAGGUUAUUCUUCUCCAAGAUUAUUUUGCUCCAGCUGAGCCGCGAUGGCUCCGUCUGCUGCCAGUCAAUUCUUUGCCAAAGCGUCGUCAGCUGCUGCUGCUGUGACUCCUCUGCCGCGGGUCUCAUCAGCUCGUUGCCAGAGUCCGUCGACUCGUUGCCAAAGCCCGUCGACUCAUAGCCAGAAUCCGUCUACUCCGUCAAGUCUGUCUCCGGGCCGGUUAUCCGCUAGCUGGAACCAGAGAGUCGUCGGGAUAUCGGCUCAGCGGCCGUUGCGGAUGGCGAAUGCGGGAAGAAACGCGAGAGUGACGAGCAACACACUGGCGAGAUGCAGCGCGAGUAGUAGUGCCACGACAACCAACACGACCCCUUCAGAAGAUGUGCUGCGGAUCUGGCAGACGGCGGACGCGGUGUGUUUCGACGUCGACAGCACGGUGUGCGUCGACGAAGGCAUUGACGAGCUCGCCGCGUAUUGCGGAGCGGGCGAGGCAGUUGCCGCCUGGACCACAAAGGCCAUGUCUGGGUCGGUUCCGUUUGAAACAGCUCUGGCGGCUCGUCUGGAGAUAUUUAAUCCCUCUGCUGCUGACGUGGCAGGGUUUCUCAGGGACCAUCCGCCAAGGCUCAACCCCGGUAUUGAGGAACUCGUUAAGAGAAUAAAGGCAAGGGGAGCAGAGGUGUUUCUCAUCUCUGGCGGAUUUCGACAAAUGAUUGAGCCUGUCGCCCUUCUUCUGGACAUCCCCUUUACAAACAUCUUCGCCAACCGUCUCUUGUUCGACGAGGGCAAUGGCGCGUAUGCUGGUUUCGACGCGACUGAGCCCACGUCUCGCAGCGGAGGGAAGCCAAAAGCUAUCGCGCAGCUGAAGCAGUCGCAUGGGUUUGAAACGUUGGUCAUGGUGGGAGACGGCGCUACUGAUCUGGAGGCUCGGCAACCUGGUGGGGCGGACAUGUUUGUUGGGUAUGGGGGGGUUCAGGUUCGGAAAGUGGUCGCGGCUGAGGCAGAUUGGUUUGUGAUGGAUUUUCAAGAUCUGAUCAGUGUGUUGUAGUUUCCGUGGUGGGAUAAAUGUCGGGAGACUAGACUGACAUGCGCAAGUUCAGAAAAAUGCAGUGAAAACGAAUGGGUUCAGAGCAUUGCAUGUAUCUUCCUUGUAAGAUCAGUUUAGCCAUCAA